GCUUUGUGAUGUACCUGAAAAUGUCCAACCCCUUCCCUCCUUCCUUCCAUUGUAACACACCUCUCUUUCUCUUUCUCUCUCUCUCUCUCUCUCUCUAAAUUUCAUUCUCAAUUCUGCACAUUCAACUACCAAAAUUUCAAUUCUUUCAGAACAAAUAUUCGCCAUCAAAUGCUUUCCCGUUUCUCGUUAAUGAAAUGAUCAUUCACGAGCUCACUGAUAUAAAAAGAAUAAUUAUAGGUUUUGCUUCUUUUAUUUAGGUGAAAUUAUUGAAAAUGGAUGUAAAAGCGCAAUUGAAACGAGGAAUAUCGAGGCAAUUCUCAACAGGAUCAUUGAGAAUGAGCGGAAAAUUCAGUUUCAAGAGACAAAAUUCAUUGGAUCCAAAGAGCAAGAACAUAAGGUUCAGUUUCGGGAGGCAAUCGUCACUCGAUCCAAUACGGAGGAUUCCAUCGUUAGAAAAUGAGACGACUAAUGCCGUGCCGGAGAAUUUGGAUUCGACGAUGCAACUGUUGUUUUUGGCGUGUAAAGGAGACGUGAAGGGCGUGAAGGAUUUGUUGGAUGAAGAUGAUGCUGAUGUGAAUAGCAUUGAUUUAGAUGGAAGGACUGCUCUGCAUAUUGCUGCGUGUGAAGGACAUGUUGAGGUUGUUAAGCUUUUGUUGAGUCGGAAGGCUAAUCUUGAUGCUCGUGAUCGUUGGGGAAGCACGGCUGCAGCUGAUGCGAAAUACUAUGGAAAUGUUGAAGUUUACAAUAUCUUAAAGGCCCGGGGGGCCAAAAUCCCGAAAACCAGAAACACACCAAUGACUGUAGCAAAUCCUCGAGAAGUUCCAGAAUAUGAACUCAAUCCACUGGAGCUUCAAAUCCGGAAAAGGGAUGGAAUCUCGAAGGGUUCAUAUCAAGUUGCUAAAUGGAAUGGGACAAAAGUUUCUGUCAAGAUACUUGACAAGGAUAGCUAUUCAGACCCCGAAACCAUAAAUGCUUUCAAACAUGAAUUAACUUUGUUGGAAAAAGUACGGCAUCCUAAUGUUGUUCAGUUUGUUGGAGCCGUUACACAAAAUAUUCCAAUGAUGAUCGUAUUAGAGUACCAUCCAAGUGGUGACUUGGGUAGCUAUCUUCAGAAGAAGGGACGUCUAUCUGCUUCUAAGGUUCUAAGAUAUGCACUUGAUAUUGCCAGGGGCAUGAAUUAUCUUCAUGAAUGUAAACCGGACCCAAUUAUCCAUUGUCUUUUAAUGCCAAAAAAUAUUUUGCUGGACAAUGGAGGUCUAUUGAAAAUUGCAGGAUUUGGUUUAACUAGAUUGUCAAACAUUUCACCUGACAAAGCAAAGUUGGUGCAGCCUCAAGGCAUUGACCGUGCAAGUCCCUAUACAGCACCUGAGAUUUAUAAAGAUGAAAUAUUUGAUAGAAGUGUGGAUGUAUAUGCUUUUGGAGUAUUACUUUAUGAGAUGAUGGAGGGAACACCGCCUUUUCAUCCCAAAUCACCUGAGGAGGCUGCUAGAUUGAUGUGCAAAGAGGGUAAAAGACCAUCAUUCAAGUCAAAAUCUAAGUAUCCGCCGGACCUUAAAGAGUUGAUUGAAGAAUGUUGGCAUCUAGAUUCUUUUGUUCGGCCAACAUUUUCAGAGAUAAUUGUGCGCAUGGAUAAAAUUGUUGCAAACUGCUCGAAACAUGGAUGGUUGAAAGAUACUUUAAAGCUUCCCUGGUUAUAGAGUGCAAAUAAUUGAGAGGCAGUGAUGAAGAAUAUUAACCAAGAUUCUUGUGGUAUAAUGUGGAUGUAUGGCAAAUUAUGGUAUCAUACUAAGCCCUCUGCUCUCUUUGCAAGAAUCCUUGCAUUGCCAACUUCAUCUUGGGUGAGUGAUUGGAACAAGAAUUAAAACUUCAGGCACAAUGCUUCUCUAGUUUUGAGUAACUGGACUUGUGAUUAAGUUGGAACUCUGAUUGUAUCACUUCUUCCACGAGCCACCGAUAACACUGUGUUUUUCAUUCUCAAUUUUUUAAAUCUAUAUAGUAUGAUGUAUAAUAUUGUAAUUAUUAUACUAUAAACAAUAUAUUUGCUCUGUA